AUGCCUGUUCAACGAACCCUUUUCGGGACACCGAUACCUCAUAUUCCUCCUCGCCGCAUGGCCAUACUUCUCGGAACCAUUGCAGUUUUCGCUGUCAUGACAUUGGUCUUUACUCUCCCCAAUAGUAUACCAUCCGGUCCUUCACUCGGCAGAUUCACAGAUCAUCGCAUGUCAUUACCAAAACUUCCUAAACAACUAUCUUCACCGAGUAUUCUGAAUCCUUUCCGACAAGCAGCACAUGCUCCACCAGUUCAGAAGAAUAGCACAUAUGGGGAAUCUAAAUGGCAUGCCAAUUGGAACUGGUUGAGUCCAUUUUCAUCAUCGGUGACAUUGGAUGAGAAUCGAUCAUUACUACCACCUCUCGUGGAACGUCCAACCAUUUAUACAUACUACGAUCAUACGUUGGAAAAGGAGGACGAGCUAAAAGAUGCGGAGAAUGCGAUCCUGGUUACUUGGAGAAGGGCGUGGUGGGCACAAGGUUUUAAGCCCAUAAUCUUAAGUCCUGCGGAAGCCAUGAACAAUCCAUUAUAUCCCGAAUUACAACGACUUGAAGUCGAAUCUUCAUUGAAAGUCGACUUGACUAGAUGGUUAGCCUGGGAAAAUAUGGGCACGGGAUUACUCUGCAAUUACCUUACCCUUCCGAUGGGGCCUUACGAAGAUCAAACUCUGAGUUAUUUGAGAAGAGGAGAAUAUCCAUUGUUGACCAGAUAUGAUGAAAUGGGAAGUGGUAUUUUUUCAGGAUCAAAAUCGGAUAUCACAGCAGCUGUCAAAGCGGCUUUAGCAAAUCCUACGCUGAAAGAUGCCAAAGAUUUUAUUAGUGCUGUACCGAAAGAUACCUUCGAAAUUGAUCCUUCCCACGAUUCUUUAGCUUUCUACCAGACGAAGAUCGUCGAAGAUAAAUAUCCACACAUUGCAAAGGAAUCUGAAGGAAACGUAGCAGCAGGUAUGCACCUUUUGAACAAGCUUAUGACAUCUCAUCUUCAUCAAACAUGGCAAAAUAUUUUCACCAAGGGAAUAUCUGUGGUCAAACCAGAACCAGAGCAUAUGUCAUAUGCUGUUGAACCAGCUUUGAAGCUCGCUGAAUAUCUUGCGCAAUGUCCCGAUUCUCCAAUGCCAGCGUCGUGUCCUCCCAACCGACCAAAAUGCAAGCCAUGUGUUGCAUCUACUCCAAUGAAAAUCAGUACUCCUGCCUUCUAUCGCAACACCUCAGGUCUCUACACCAUUGGAACUGUUCCACAUCCCUACACAAUGUCCACAUUAAGUCGCUUCCAAGAAACCAUUGAUGUUCGCUGGAUCAGACGAGAGUCCCUUCGUGAUGUUUGGCUCUCAACCCUCACCAAAGAACUCCUUGGUACAGGUGUAUCCGGCACCCCACGUAUCAUUAAAUUCAAAGAGGCAGUCGCAAGCCCACACGGAACAUCUCAUUCACUCUGGCUCACGGCCGAAAAAGAAGUUCCCUCGGAUUUAGACUGGCAUUUCGGCUUCACCAUCCCUCGCAAUGCUACCGACACCGGAAAAUCCGAAACCCCCGUUCCCGGACCAGAACGUAGACCCAAACCUGUUCAUGAUCCAAAAGAUGGACCAAUACCCACCGAGGAAGAUAAAAAGAAAGAAGAGUUUUUGCUGGAAAAAGCAAAGAUGUUUGGGGGAAGUGAAACUCCGGAAGAUUUAUUGAUUAGGGGGGCGGUGGAGGCGUGGAAUUUGGCGGAUACAGAAGCUUGGAGGUUUGCAAGGGCUUUUUUGGCAAGGAGUAGAGUGGAGAGGUUGAAGUGGGAAGAAGAGGAGAAGAAAUAUGCGGGUGGAGCGGGGGCGGAGAGGGGGAGGAAAGUGGGUGGGGGAGAUGGUUUGAUGAUAAUUAAAUCGGAGCGGAUGUAUGCAAAGUCUUUGUGUUUCAUGCAGUUAAGCGGAAUGGCAUAUGUAUUUGGUUUCUCUACACGAGUACAAUGGGUAGAUAUCGGAAUAUCAUUUGGAGUUUAUGGGGGAUGUAGUACCGUAUGUAUUUGUAUACAGUAUUAG